UCGGACUCGACGCGGAGCUUCAUUUUCUGUCUGUACACGCUGAGCCAGCGCUUUAUUUCAAAUGAAGCGUCCUCUCAUUCCGCUAAUAAGGUUUUAUACGUGAUAUAACAGCUGUCUUCGCCAUGAGCUGCUUGGAUGUCAUGUAUCAAGUGUAUGGUCCACCUCAACCUUAUUUUGCCGCAGCAUACACACCAUAUCACCAUCAGAAAUUGGCAUUUUACUCCAAAAUGCAAGAAUCCCCAGAAACACUGAGCGGAAGCAGCUCUUCUUUUUCCAACCUCUCCGGGCCACCCAUAAAAGAGGAGGGCUGCGCCCGGGAGAAAGAUCACCCGCCGGAGGCUGAGUACAUCAGCUCCAGAUGUGUGCUAUUCACUUAUUUCCAAGGGGACAUCAGUUCGGUGGUAGAUGAACAUUUCAGUCGGGCUUUGAGUCAGUCCAGUAGUUGUGCCCCUGGAUCCACCAACAGCAAGACCGCAAGAGGUACAUCGUCCUGGAGAGACGGAUCAUUCCCUAUGAGCCAGAGAAGCUUCCCUCCCUCGUUCUGGAACAGCGCGUAUCAGCCGUCAGUGACGGCAUCUCUCAGCAGCGCCCUGGGUUCCUCCCACACAGAUCUUCCCUUCCCGGCGGACCCGUACUCCACCGCGUCUCUACACAGCCACCUUCACCAAGCCACCCCAGAGCCCUGGCACCCCUCUCACCACCAUCACCCUUACUCGCUCAGCGGAGCCAUCGGCACCCAGGGGUCGGCUUACCCCCGGCCCUCCAUGCACGACAUGUAUGGAACGCACUUUGACCCCCGUUACAGCUCUCUACUCGUGCCCUCGGUGCGGCCACAUAGACUUCCUCCAGCCACGGUUCCCGCACCUGGAGCCUCGCCGUGCGAUAUCAGCAAGAGUGAGUCGGGCAGCUCGGCGUGGACCGGAGCUUUCACAGCAGCGAGCUCUGAUAUGAGCCUGAACAUGGAUACAGGUCUACAGAGCCAGGAUAAAAGCAAGGACUUGUACUGGUUUUAGUGCCCUGCGGCCGCUUCUUUCUCCGCUGGCUUGUCUUUCUCUGGCUUUUCUGUAACAGAUUCUCAUCUCACUUGCAGCUCGGCGCUACACCCUCUGCGGCGGGACCAUCCUAAGCUGAACCCUUCAGAUGAAUGCAAAACUCUCUCUCUCUCUCUCUCUCGAUUGAGAAAAGACAGUAAAGAGAAGCAAACAUACUGUAGUGGUGUGACUAGCAGCUGCUCUCGCCCCUUCCCUCCCCUGACCCUCAGCAAAACGGACCCAAAAUGAGCUUUGAAAAAGGACAAACGUUACUUUAAGGGGACAUUUGAGAGCCGAAUGGACCGGCUAUAUGAAAAGACCAGAAAUGAGAGUUUCCAACGCGAGAGCUGCAUUCCCUAUCAUCGCUGAAGACAGAGAGCGGCUAUUUGAAGCCACUUGACUCUAUCUAUAUUGCUUUCAGCACCUGUCACCGACAACUGUUGUGGAACUUAGCAGACACACACACAAUGGCACUGUGCGCCGUUUGACCGAGCGAGCACCCUGGAUUUCAUUAAACAGGCGUUUUGUUGUAUCUGGACACACGGCGAAAGGGAACAACUGGUUUGGCUUUUCAUUUUUUUGUGAGGAGUGGUGUGGGUUCAACUGGAAGUAGAUACAAACACCAUUAAGCUGUACUGUAUAUACUUUAUGUGUCUUAGUGUGUCCAGUGCUACAAGUAGGAGCAACCAGCAUGACAGAAAUAUCGAUUCUUUCAUUUGUACAUUUUAAACAACCACUUACAGUCACCGUCUGCCUAGGGUGACGUCUCACCAUGAUGUAUUUGAAUGUAUGUAAUAUAUUACCUUUGAAAGUAUUUUUCCAGUGCAUUGAGGAGAAGGAGGUGUUGUCUGUUUUUACCAGCUGUCUAUCUUCAUCCUACGAAACAAAAAUGGAAAUAAAACCAGGCGGUACACACUUUUUCCGCUGCUUUUAAGUGUUUUAGGGAAAGCUUGUUAAAUUGCAAACGCGAUUGAUCAUGCAAACUUGAGUAUAGUGGCAUCUUUUCAUACCAGACACCGUCUUGAAAUGUAUUUUAUGCUUGCUUUGGGCUCUUAAGAAAGAAACAAAAGGCUCUUAUGAAUUCGCAGCAACCUUCAAAACCUCAAAAGCGAGGCCAUCAGAGAUGAAAUCAUUUAUUUCAAUAUACAUUUUCGCAACAUGAGAAGGAAUGUAAACAUGGGCUACUUUUAAUGUGCGUGAUGUUUUGUUCACUCAGCCAUAGAGUCAGCCAGUGAAAAGGAAAAGGGAAGCGAGGAAGAAAGCAGCAGAGUGAAUGUUAUCACAUGCCAUUUGAGCCUUUGUGUUCACUGUGAAUACCGGACAGCUGUAGAUUAAUAUUGGCUUAUGACAACAGCAAUGAUGGACAAGAGAUGUGUGGCCAGGGGUUUCUCUUGCUUAAGUGGGUAAAACAAAGGCCU